AUCUGCUCCGGAAAGGAGGGAAGGGGAGCUAGGCAGGGCCGCCGCAGCUGCUCCAAGCAACCCCCGCAGAUCUCUGGCCUCGGUCAGCACUCAGCAUCCUCCCCUCCCCUCGAGUUUGCUGCGGCUGCAGCGAUGUCUCCUCCUCCUCCCCCCAGCUUCCCCGACACGCUUUCUCCUGCUCACGUGACCAGCCCGGCAACUUGGGCACUGGGAGGGAGCGAGCCAGCCGGGCCGCCGCCGCCGCCACAACAAUAAGAGCGGCAAAGAGAGCGAAAGCGUCUUCUUGCUGCGCGAGAGGCUCGAACAGAACGCUCGGCGGGCCGAAGUGGCGCGAGGAGGCGGACAAGCCAACAGCGCGAGGUGCUCGGGGAGAAGCCUCCGAACUCCUCUCUCACUGCCUCCUCUUGGGCGGGUGGGUCGCCCCCUUGCGGGGCUCGCUCGGCGGCUCCCUACACGCCCCACGAACCGAAGGAGGAGAAUGGCGAAUCGGCUGCUGCUCUAAGGGCAGCCCUGGGGAGCAGCGGCUUCCCCAGGAGUAGUGAGAAAGGGAGAAAGCCAGCCAGGGCUUGGCGGGAAGCGAGCUGCAGAGAUGGCUAACGAGUCGCUUCAGAGUGAUCCAGGCAACUGGUCAGUAUUGGAGCACUUAGGCCUGGACCAGAGCUCAGAUUUCUCAGACACCAGUGUACAGCAGAAAUUGGAUGAAGAGAAGGAGAAAAUCAAACGUGAGAUUCGCAAAGAGCUGAAGAUAAAAGAGGGAGCGGAGAACUUGCGAAAAGCCACCACAGAUCGUAAGAAUCUCUCCAAUGUGGACAACUUGCUCAAGAGCUCUAACCGCAAACUGGAGGCACUGCACCACCAACUGCAGGAUCUCAAUGCACACAUUGUUGUCAAAGACCCUGAAGAGCUGGGGGAUGCCCCCCAGUCACCAGGCAGCCUCAGCCGAUCAACAGCUACCAAAAACCGCAUUGCAGGCCUGGAGAAGCAGCUCAAUAUCGAGUUGAAGGUGAAGCAGGGAGCAGAGAACAUGAUCCAGAUGUAUGCCAAUGGUGCUGCCAAGGAUCGGAAGCUACUGCAAACAGCCCAACAGAUGCUACAGGAUAGCAAGACAAAGAUCAAUAUAAUCCGCAUGCAGAUCCGCAAGGCUGUGCAGGCUGAUGAGGUGCAGCUGACUAUGGAGGAUGGGCAAGGUAACACUGAUCUCAGUGCCUUAGAGCUGAGGAUUGAAGAGCUGCGACAUCACUUCCAAGUGGAACAUGCUGUGUCUGAGGGGGCCAAGAAUGUACUUCGCCUUUUGGGCUCCAGCAAAGUUCAAGAUCGCCAUGCUAUUUCUGAGGCACAAACCAAGCUGAAUGAGUCGAGUCAGAAGUUGGACCUUUUGCGUCAUUCUUUGGAACAGCGUCUGGCUGAGUUGCCUGCAGAUCACCCGAAGGGCUACAUCAUUAAAGAAGAGCUCAUUCUGGCCUCCUCCCCUGCCUUCAAUGUUCGCAAUACCACUGCCUACCAACACAACCAAUAUAACACCCUCUCAAAGCCAUCUCCACUCACAGGGACACUGGAAGUGCAGUUGUUGGGGUGCAGUGGAUUGCUGGAGUUUGUCCCGGGACGCACCCGUGGCUCCACUGUCUCCUUGCCGUGUAACAGCCCUGGUGAAGCACGGCCCUCCUUCAUGAGCCGCAGUGGGCGAGGACUCUAUAGCCGGAGUGGCAGUGUGAGCGGCAGGACCACCAUCAAAUCUGAAGAGACCAGCAAUGAGAUGAGUGCUGUGCUGAAACUGGAUAAUGUGGUUGUAGGCCAGACAGCCUGGAAGCCCAGUGGACUACAAUCCUGGAACCAGACCUUCACAGUGGAGCUGGAGAGGGCAAGAGAGCUGGAGAUCAGUGUAUAUUGGCGUGAUUAUCGCAGUCUCUGUGCCCUAAAAUACCUCAAACUGGAAGAUUUCCUUGACAACCAACGCCAUGAAAUUCACCUAGAGUUGGAACCACAGGGUACUCUUUUAGCAGAGGUUACCUUCUUCAACCCUGUCAUUGAACGCAUACCCAAGCUUCAGCGACAGAAAAAGAUCUUCUCCAAGCAACAAGGAAAGGCUUUUCUGAGUGCUCGUCAGAUGAACAUUGAUGUUGCUACGUGGGUGCGGCUACUGAGACGUAUUAUCCCCACUGCCAAUACCACAGGCGCCUAUAGUCCCUCAACACAGAUGACCCCAACACCUAGCUCUGAAAACAGACACAGCCUCAACUCUGGGGACAUUGCCAUUGAGAAGCUGAGCUUGGAAGGGGAUAGAGUGCAAAUGGAACAGUUCGGCCCAGAUGACAAUGAGCUGCCUGGGAAGGACUUGUUGGUGGAGCUGGGUCCAGGAGGUGAAGCCAGAGGGUCUGAUAGUACUCUGCAUAGCAGCCUCCUAAGAACAACACCCCUUGUAAUGGACGACUUCCAUUUUCUAGCAGUGCUGGGUCGUGGCCACUUUGGCAAAGUGCUGUUAUCCGAGUUACACCGAACAGGGGAGAUAUUUGCUAUCAAAGCCUUGAAGAAAGGUGACAUUAUUGCAAGGGAUGAGGUAGAGAGCCUGAUGUGUGAGAAGCGGAUUUUUGAGAUUGUGACCCAUACACGGCACCCCUUCCUAGUGAACCUCUUCGCCUGUUUCCAGACCCCCCAGCAUGUCUGUUUUGUCAUGGAGUACACAGCAGGUGGAGACCUCAUGAUGCACAUCCACACAGAUGUAUUCACAGAGCCACGUGCCACAUUUUAUGCUGCGUGUGUUGUCCUAGGACUUCAAUUUCUUCAUGACCACAAAAUUGUAUAUAGGGACUUGAAGCUGGAUAACUUAUUGCUGGACACAGAAGGUUUUGUGAAGAUUGCAGACUUUGGCCUCUGCAAGGAAGGGAUGGGCUAUGCUGACCGCACCAGCACGUUCUGUGGGACACCAGAAUUUCUGGCUCCUGAGGUGCUGACAGACACAUCAUACACACGAGCAGUUGAUUGGUGGGGCUUGGGCAUCCUUAUCUAUGAGAUGCUUGUGGGUGAGUCUCCAUUCCCCGGAGAUGAUGAAGAGGAGGUGUUUGACAGCAUUGUCAACGAUGAAGUGCGCUAUCCCCGCUUCCUUUCCACAGAGGCCAUUGGUAUCAUGCGCCGGCUUUUGCGGCGAAACCCAGACCGGCGCCUGGGCUCCAGUGAGCGUGAUGCUGAGGAUGUGAAGAAGCAGCCAUUCUUCAGGACCAUCGAAUGGGAAGCCUUGUUGGCCCGUAAGAUCAAGCCACCAUUUGUGCCAGUAGUCAAGGGCCGUGAAGACAUCAGCAACUUUGAUGAAGAGUUCACAGCUGAGGCACCUAUGCUGACACCACCUCGUGAAUCACGGCCCCUUACCCAAAAGGAGCAGGAUGCCUUCAAGGACUUUGACUAUGUUUCCGGUGCCUGCUAGCUUUGGGAGUGGGGGCAAGGAGGUCCCCUUGAAACACUGCCAGCCCUAUAGGGCAGGGUUCUGCUCCAUCAGUGACUCAGACGCUUGCAAGCCCUCCCUGCUAGCUCUGGGGUUGGGAAAGCCCAGCAAAACUGCCAACCUCCAUGGGGUAACGCAAUUUUCAGCAACAUAUGCCAGCUGUGGGAUUAGGCGGGGAAUGUUGCAGAAAUAUUUCUGUGUCCCCCAAGACACAAUAUCAUUCAUGCAGACCCUUGGACACCAGCUAACUUCAAAGGAAUGGCAGAGAUAGACUGCCAGCCUAAUAGAACAGGUGAAAUUGACCGAGGUAUUGACUUGGGCAGAGGAGUCUCACUGGUAGUGCUUCCUCCAGUGGUUCCCAAAUUUUCUCCUGAAUCAAGCAAAAAUUAUUGUCCAUUCAUAAGGAUCUGUAGAGUUAGAGUCAUGGAAGGUACAAGGCCAUUCCCUGCCCCAGCACCAUGAUGAGAGCUCUUUCCAUGGUGGUGAUGGGGAGUUUGCCCUUCUGGUGCUUUUGUUGAAACCCAUUGGUUAAAACCACUAACCCAGAAGGAAAAACCUCUUCCUUCUCCACAUUAUUGUCUUGUCUUCAUCUGUAAAAGUCUUGAGAGAUACUGGGUUUCAAGUUAGUGACAGGGAAAUUUCCUUCAGCUCAGUUGGAAUCAACUCUGUAUUUACAAGCGUUCUGGCAAGCAUUGUUGGGGGAAAGCUCAUCUAUUUUCCCCCAAGGGUUUUCUCUCCAGGCUCAUAAUAUUGGCAUUUAUCAUAUUGCCCUCCUGGGAAUUGUAAUUUAGUUUCACCUGCCCUGAACUCACCCCACAAUGCCAGCCAUGCCUGGAAAUUCAAAUGUGCAUUUCAAGCAAACCCAUCUGGGAGCAAGAGUUUUUAGAUCUGGAUGGGGAAUAGCAACCACAUAAAAUGUUUGCAAGAAACAAUCAAGCGUAUUGAUAGACCCACAUGGAGAAGGCACUUGCUAAACAAAAGGCUGCUUGGUUGGGUGAGCCUGAUCACAUAAUUCACAGCAAUCCAUGAAAGUUCCAUUGCAAAUAAGCACUUAACAUUACAAGAUUACAACCUAUGCAGCAGCUGGCUUUCUGUGCUUGGUUUGCUAAAUGACGACCAUUUAGUGUGUCCUCAGAAUCUUGUUUAGCAUCCCAAGCAGGAGAGUAAUGUCUUGAAGAAAUAGGACUUCUUUCCUAAUCCAGUUUUUAAUCCAGCUGAACAUUGUUACAAGCUGGACAAAUGUGCAUACCAAGUGAGGUAACUGCAAAUUUCAGCAAUAUCACUAGUUCAGAUCCCCCAUUGGGAACUUGCUGAUCUAGUUCAUGAUCUGUUUCAAUCCUACAUCUCAGCUUUCUCUUGGAAGUCUAUCCAUUGCCAUGAGAAGGAAAUAUCUUAAGAACAGGAGGAAAGAGAAAUGUUGAGACCCCAUGUCCAUGAUCUCUCCUCACUUGAUUUCGGUAGCUUUUCCAACCAUGUAGCUUUUUGUUGGUAUCCAGAAUUGGCAUCAUCAGCCUCUUCGUUGCCCUGUUCUUCCCCUGAGAAGUCAGUGUGCAAAGCUGGGGGCAGUUUGAGGCUUGAGCUCUGCUAGUCUGAAGUUUUGUUGUGGAAAGGGCCAUUCAGGAAGGGCUUGUGAAUAGCCAUUACUAGUGUGGUGAGCACCACUCCUUCUGGCCCCAGCAAUGUUCUCUUCAAAGUGUGAGCACUUUGCUCCCCAUACAACUCGUACUCUUUGAAGUAUCCUCAUUUAAAUUAUUUCCAGCAUCUAGGGCACUAAUGCUCCAGAGUUGCCAGCCCCCUUUUCCUAGUACCUGUUGGAAGAAGACCUGUUUUCUUAACCUGUCCCAGGCACCUUCUUCUUGUUCCUUUCUUAGAACUGUUGACCUGGGAUUCCUUAGCACGGAUCAGUUGGUGGGAGUAAGUGGGGCUGCAUGUUGCUGAGACACAGCCACCUCUGGAGUAUAUUGGCUAAAAACAAAAUACAGGUAACCUGUGCCUGGUGCUGUGAACUACAUUUAAGAUGGAUGUUGUGGCUCAUAUCACACUACUGCCUUGGUGUCUUUUGAAAAAGUGGUCAAUCAGUCUGGACAACUAUAAGCUAGUUCUUUGUUCAGUCUCUUAAUUUUAAUUAGCAGCCCCAUUCCACCCAUGCACCUAUGUAGAAAGAAAGGAACAAUCUGCUGUCUUGCUAGUCUCUAAUCACCUUGACUGUGAGUAUGAAAGAGUUGUUGAGGAGUAACUAAGCUGUUAAGUGAACUCACACACCCUUAAAAAGCAAGGUAUCUUUCUGCAGUUUGACAAAGAGAUUUGAGUACAGCAUAUGUAUAUGAGUAUAAUAGGGUCCCAUUUCACUUUCCUGAAUAAGGUUGUCAUAGUCUCCAGUUUACUUUCAGGGGAUGUUUCUCAUUGAGCAUUCUCCCCUUUUUAGCCUCAGCCAGAGGUGCACCUAGGUAAUUUUGGAGCCUGGAUCUAAAGGCUUUUGGAGGCCACCCACACACACAGUAUUUUAAACACAUUUUUAAUGUGACCACACCACCCAGGACAGACUAAAAAGGAUUUGCGGGGGUUCCAGAGGUGUGUGGAGGCCCUGGACCUUGGCCUGGAUGUCGGGGGUAAGAGUGCCUCUGGCCUCAGCUUUUUCCAGGCUCACAGCCAUGUUUCAGGAUUUGGACUACAAGAGUGACAGCCAUGUGACUUUGCAGAAAUAAUUGAAUGUUUCCAAUUCACAGUGGUGGGGGGGAGAAUUCAAGUUUUGGUCCAUUUGGAGUACCAAUCUUGGCCUAGGUUGAAGGAUUCUGUAUAAGUUGUUGCUUCAGGAAACAUAGUAUGAGUUUUGUUUGCACAGUGAAGGAAAAGCUCUCUGUUGCUGAGAAUGUGAAAGCGUCUAAGGUCCGAAGGUGAGCUAAACUGUAAAUGCUCUUUUAAAAAAAAAUUGGGGAUUUUUCAUUCUGCCCCAGUUCUUAUAUAUCUUG